GGAGGAAAGAGCGUCACCGAGCCGGAAGUCGGGUGACCUCGCUCUUUUUUCUCCUUUUUUUUUUCUCGUUACCGGAUAUGACGAAUUUGCAGAAAAGUUACCGACCGGCUGGGUAGUUGGACAGGUAUCAUCAAAGACAAUGGUUGAUGCAUCACUCAAUAUCUUCUCUGGUGAUCAAGAUAAUGUGUAUUGUUUCAGUGCUAACUUUCUUCAGUAAUUAAAUUCAACAAAAGAAGCCCUUAAUUUUAAGCUUCCAUGAAGUUCAGCUGCUGCCUGUUGAUUCUGGUUCUUAACCUCAGUGUUUUUGCUCAAGAAAAUGUUACUUCCAACCUGACGUUUGCUGUGGGAUCAAGGCCCCUGUCUCUCAACAUAUCACUUCUCCCUGUCUUUCAAGCCUUGACAAAAUAUCCAGUUCCUCAGGAUAUCAUAGCAAAAGAAGGUACCUAUGCUUUCAUUGAAUGUAAUUUGAACAUUAGCCAGCAGGACACCAUAUUCUGGUACAACUCAAAGGGGCAUCUUCUGGAGCAAGGUGGGAAAGAUGGAAGACUGGUGAUCUCUGACAAUAUCCUCAAUAUCACAGGUGUAAUAUUUGCUGACCGGGGACGAUAUACUUGCAUUGUCACAAAUGAAAAUGGCACUUCUUAUUAUUCAGUCACCCUCAGAGUGGUCUCCACCUCUGGAGACAUGGGCAUUUAUUACAUGAUUGUCUGCCUAGUUGCUUUUACCAUCAUCCUAAUCUUAAAUAUUACACGUCUGUGCAUGAUGAGCAGCCAUCUUCGUAAAACAGAGAAAGCCAUCAAUGAGUUCUUCAGAACUGAAGGGGCUGAGAAGCUACAGAAGGCUUUUGAAAUCGCCAAACGCAUUCCUAUAAUUACCUCUGCCAAAACUCUAGAGUUGGCCAAAGUCACCCAGUUUAAAACCAUGGAAUUUGCUCGCUACAUUGAAGAACUUGCCAGAAGUAUCCCUCUGCCACCUCUAAUCCUUAACUGCAGGGCCUUUAUGGAAGAAAUAUUUGAAGCAGUGCAUAUUGAUGACCCUGAUGAAGUAGGAGAGGGAGUGAAACAGACCCAAGCACUUGGUGCCCAAGAGGGACUCUAUCCCUUAAACCCAGAAAUAAAGCGCAGUAAUUCACCAGCAGGAGAUUCAGAUGAUGGUUCAGUGAAUGACCACGGCAAAGAAAUAGCUGUGGAAGUAUCUAUCCACCUUCAGUCAGAAGCACAAAGCAUUGAUAGUGUUUCUCACGAUAGUGUCCCCUCCCUGCCUUCAGAGGAUGGUCCAAGGGCUGAACCCAAAUAGAAUAGCAAAGCUACUUGUGUGACAUUUCUCCUGAUUUGAGAGAAUGCUCUCAAAGAGAAAAGGGAAAAUGCCACCAUAGUCUCAGAUGCAUGAUCCCUGUUUGUUUUUUUGUUUUAAAUUUUGUUAGGUGACUGUAAAAUCAGCGUAGAUGAAGGUAUUUUAAUAUACUUUUUUUGUUAAUAUAACUAAUCUUAGAAGUAUUUUGCAGCAGGAAUCUUUUCUAUCAAUUAUUGAUUACUCCAGUUAUAAUAGAGUGAACAAACUUUUGUUGGCUGGUGUAGUACAGUUUAUUAUUAUUAUUUUUGUGAGAGAAAGAUGGCAGCAAAUAGGGCACCGAUGGCAUGAUAUCAUGAAAAAUAACUGGGGACUUGGUUACAUUUCCCCCUACUUUUCAGUGAGCUAAGAUUAAAAGAGGCACAAUACACGUUUGUUUGCUCCUGAAAACUAAAAUGAAGGCUGGUGAGUUAUCUGUUCAUGAGAUACAGCAAAAUAAUACAUUGAUGUAAACAGUUUCUGUCAUGACUACCCAAAAAAUUUAAAUUCUUAUAUGUGCUCAGUUCUUUAAUUACAGUUCACAAGUGUAUUGUACAAGAAAUUAUAAUGUGGCAGGUCUUUUUUUUUUAAGUGCUGUAAGGAAACUAUGUGAUUGUUACAACUAAAAAACUAUGUGAAAAACUUAGAAAAUAUCCAGAGAUUCAAUUGUAUGUAUGUACCUAUUCAGUAUUUGCAUUAAAAAAUAGGAACCCAAAUGCAACCUUUGCAUUGCAGUCAAGGACGGACCACUUAAAUAUUCUGCCAAUUGCCAAAUAUUUUAAUAAAUGAGGCUUGUUUUCUCGGUGUUACUCAUAAUAUCAACGUUUGGAAUAUUAUUUCAUUUCAUUGCAGUGGUGAACUGACAAAUCUUCAGGUUCUCUCAGUGUUACUAUGAUAAAAACAGUGACAACUUCGGUAUUUGAAGUGUCUGCGGUAACCUCAUUUAUAACUUCAGCCUUCUUAGUUCUUAAUUGUUAAUAUUAAGUGGCCAAUAUUGAGACAAUGUCAUUCGAUAGCAGUUAUAAGUGUUCCAUGAAAAUCACCUGGGGAAAACUGUUAACAUGAGCCAAUGAUAAUUUGGGUGAAAAAGAUACACAGUUAGAAAAGUAGGCUGAGAAUUGUUAUCUGUGGAAUAACAUUUGGCCUGGUCCCAAUAAAAAAACCUGGGGAAACUUCAAAAAGCAACACCAUUGUACAAUAAGCAACUUUUAAUACAGACAUUUGGCUGAUUCCUUAUGUUCAACAGUAGUGUAAUUGCCUACUAGAGCCAUGGUGGCACAGUGGUUAGAAUGCAAUACUGUUGAUUGCCAGGAGUUCAAUUCUGACCUGCUCCAGAUUGACUCAGCCUUCCAUCCUUUCAAGAUCCAUAAAGUGAGGAACCAGAUUGUUGGGGGCAAUAUGUUGACUCUGUUAUCCAUUUUGAGAGGGCUGUAAAGCACUAUGAAGUGGUAUAUAAGUGCUAUUGCUUCAGGCUAUAGAUAUAAAAUAGUACAGUUAAAUCUCACUGUAAAGAAAAACAGAUACCUUGUAAAUUCAAAUUUAAAUUGUUGAGGGUUUAGUUUGGUCAGUUAUUGCCUGUUGUUCCCCUCACAUACUUUUGUAUGAAGCUUUUACCUUUCUGGAAAAUUACUUCACAUAACUGAAGUGAUGCAAUCCGUUAUAUCACAUCUCAUAGUAGGAGAUGAUAUAAUGUAUUACAUCACUUCAGUAAUGUGAAGCAGAUCUGUCCUUAUGCUGUGAGGUCAAAUUUGCUAAUGAAGUAAGAUUAUCCUUUCUCUUCCCGCCAUUUGAAUUGACCCAGUUCAUAUAAGCUUUUUUUUUUCGCACGGGGGGAACAGCCCUAACAUAUAGUUUCCUUCUUAGCUUUAAAAAAAAUGACAAAACAUAAUCUAGAAAGUUAAAAUAGUGCAAGUCUAAAUUUAUGAUAGAUAUGACAUCCCUCUUACUCUAGCAAAAAUUGAAGAAACAUGGUUUUUGAAGAAAUCUGUUACGUUUAUAGCACAAGUGGGGGGCAAGCAGUAGUAGUAAUGGCACCUGGGAAUUGGAGUCAUUGGCAGUAAUGCCCAUCUGUUUAACAGAUUGUUCAAGAAAACAUUUACCUCACAAUAUUUAGCUUAAUUUUCUUAAUAUUUGUUUCUGUUUCUGAAACAAAAUAGAUCAUGCAGGCUUAAGCUUGGCAAAGGGGUAUAUUUGUAAAUAUAGAAGGAUAUUUCUCUCUGUCUUUCUAUAAAUCAUUUUUAUGUGUACAUCUUGGUUUGCGUCAUUUUCUUUUGUGGAACAAAGGCAGGACAGAGACGAGCAAUUAAUUUAGAUGGAUUAGAUGUAAAAAUCAUGCAUGGUAAAUAUUGUGCAGUGUGGAUAGUUUAUUUUAAGCAUAUAUUUUUACCAAAUAUUCUUGUAGUGUUAUGAACAUAUUUGGAGAACUAUUGUGGGUGUGAUGUACUUGUUUAAAAAAAUUGAUGUAACCUUAUUAAAAAAACAACACAAGACUUCUCAAAUACCAACAGAUUUUAAUGAAUAAUUAGGGCAAGAGCCCAGCCGCAAAGGUAUUAUUACCUAAUACUAACUGGGGUUCAGUUCUGCCUGUGCACUUUUGUGUGUGUGUGUAAACUAAUUUAUGUUAGGGGUGAGGUUGUGUUCUUUAGCUGUAGUAUUUUGUGAAAGUAUUAGAAAACUUAACUCUGUUCACCAAAAUGUGGUUUCAGCAUUACAUUUGUAGCUUGGGAGUUGUAUUUCAUACUUUUAUAUAAAAAUAAGAUGGUGCUUUCUUCCAACAAUAAAAUCUGCUAUUAAAUGCC